UAAAAAGAAAAAAAAACCUCCGUGAAAUAAUGAGCGUUAGCCUUAUUAGCUAGCCACGGAUAUACUUUAGCUCAGGCGCCGCACCACCACGGAGUAUUAGGGCCACGUUGGGAAUUUAAAAAAAGUAAAAUUUAAGGGGGAAAAAUACACGUACAUUCAAGAACCUAAAUCUAUGAGAAUGAUAUCGAAAUUGUACUAGAAAAUAUACGUAAAUUAACCAGCGUAAAUAUUUGAGAAUAGUCAAAGUCGCAAAUUUACGAGAAUUUUUUAAAAAAAAAAACAAAUCCUAAAAAAAUUAACAAUUUCUCUGCGUCUCUCUUGUUAAUGUGACCCAAAUUAUCCGUCGUACCUCACAAUUUUUAACUAAUUUGAAAAAAAGUUCACUCUUAGCCAGGGAGAUGGUCUCUAUGAUGACGCUGAAAUGAGAAGAGCUAACUGCUAAUCUAUACGUGCUAUCGCUAUUCCAUUCUAUUUAUUUCCAUUAUAUUCCAAUAUUUUGCUUAAUUUCGUUAAUUUUCUGCUGACUUUUAUCAAUUCCUUUUAGCUAUUUUGGUCUUACACUAACUACCUGGCUCAUUUGGCUUUAUGUUGCGGGGAAAUAUUUAGUUAUUUUUAGCUUUUCUUUCCGCAUUUUUUAGUGAAUGUUUUGCCACCUUUUCUAAAUAAUGUAUUUACCUCGACUGUUGUGUUAAUUUGUAUGGUUUAUCUUAGGUACUUUUUAGAGCAACGAUUUAGCGCCUUUAAGCUAUUUUCUCAGCUAACCCUCUGCUAAUUUCCGAUUCGAAUACCGGAACCUUCCAGAAAUUUCUGUCCCGCCUCUUUAGCUUCGCUGUUUCUAUCCAUUUAACACUGUAAACGUUUAGUGUAACUACUGUGACACACUACCGUCCACAGUUCUCUUGACUAGUAAAUGUACAUUUUAUUUGUCUGGAAACAUUUCUGCAUUUGAUUGAAAUAUAUACAUAUAGCAUUAUUAGCAACGUUAGCUAGUCUAUGGAAGUCUACGAUCAGGCUGGCUGUUAAUUAAACUAUUAACGUCCGCUCUGGUGAAGCUUUUCAUAAAGACAUGGUGUGUUUGGACAGUGUAAUUCUCUUCCACUGAAGGACGUUGACACCUUCGAUAUCUCUCCGUCUGUGGUGCAAAGAUUUAGGAUUCUGCUGGAAAAGCUCUCCAACAGAGGUCUGACCUGGAACGAUGAGGCCACACAGCAGGUUCUGUCCAGGGAGUUGUCCAAAAUGAGGAGAGUUCCCUCCAGGUCACAGCCAAGAGAACCUGGGUUGGAUGAUGUCAGCAGGCUUGCAGCUGAAGCUGUGGACCAGAGUGUGAAGCCAGUGGAGGUGGAGCUGGGUAAGAACCUCCACCUGUACCUCCAAGGUCUGGGCCUCAUUCCUCCGAUGUCAUCUGCUGCUGGACACAAGACUGUUGCCAAGUACCCAGUGGCCCAGUCCUUGUCUCAGAGGUGGCCUCCUCGGAGCUUCUCCUCACCUCACCAACCCCUGCAGCAGCAGUACAGAUAUGGACCUGGGUAUUUCCAAGCCCCAGAGUCAAAGGGAGGUCUUCUCCAGUAUCUUAUAGGAAACAUGGAGGACUUUGGAGUCCCUUCUUCACCGCUGCUGCCAUCCCACAGUGACAGAGCAGAGAGUCCAAAGUCCAGGGUCCUGAAGAUGGAGACUGCAGGGUCCUCAAGCAAAGACCUGCUAACAUCUGUCGAUGAGAGGUUCAUCCAGAAGGUUUUGAAGAACGUUGGAAGGCAGCAUGUGGACGUGGAUGAUCUGACACCUCAAGACCUGGAUCAGCUCUCCAACCUGAUUGCCAAUGCUCUGCAGGUGGUGGACCAGGACCAGAGACUGAACCCAAGACCUAAUCAGGCUGGACCUGGACCAAGAAAUCUGCAGAGUGAGCAGCAAGAAGAAGAAGAAUCCAAAGAAGAAAUGACGGACACUUCUACAGAUGAAGAGAAAGAGAAGGUUUUGAAGAACGAUCCAUCCUUGAAACCUCAGGGAAUUUUCCCCAUUGAACCAGCUUCACUUCAAGAUCGUCACACAGGAAGUGAGGAGAUGAAAGUGAAGGACACAAUGGAUAGGGCAGGAAACCUUCUCACCAAGCUGCUGGCGUAUCUUGACAAACCAUCGCACGGUGCUUCUCCAUCAGUACGAAAUCUGAACGCUGAUCUCACGGACACGUCCGCAGGAAAGGUAGCGGGACAGGAAAACGUCCAGAGCCAGACCAUUGAGGCUGGAGUGGUGGUGCAAAAGAAGGACGCCACACAGGCCGUGGAAGAAGUGUCAGAAGUCGAGGGCUGGAUCAAGGAAGUGGCGCCCCCUCCCGCUUCACUCGUGUAUGGCAAGCCACGUGAGAAGACGAUGCAAGUUCCUGAGCUUGAACUAGACGUCAAAGAUGGCAGGAAGAAGGCUGACGAUGACGUCUUUGGCUACGUCAUCAUAGACACAGAUGGACUCCAGACCGAUGAAGGCGUCCACCUGAUGGAGAUCCUGGCCCGUCGAGCUAAGAUCCAGAUGACUGACGUUGCUGAAUUCUCGGUGGUGAGCCCGGCCGUCACCUUCAGAGUCAACCAGAACCGCCAGAACGUCAGCACAGCGGAUGUGGCCAAUGUGGCAGUUCAACAGAAAGCUGAUCUGGAGAAAGAAACCAGACUCAGAAUCCUGGAGGCCGGUGUUGCAGACGGGAAGCAGAUCAAGCAGAUUCCAACCAAAUACAGUCAUGCUGAGUCCACCAAGUUCCUGGUCCUCACCGUGGUGUCCAUUCUCUGCAUCGUGGCCGUGCUGCUGGCCUCCACAGUUGUCUACUGCCUCCGACACCGCUCCCACCACAAGAUCAAGGAGAAGCUCACCAACCUGGGGACGGAAACCAGCGGAGAUGCUACUGCCACCUACCAGGAACUGUGUCGUCAGCGAAUGGCGGUCAAACCUCCAUCUGAGCGUCCAGAGUCCGUCUCUUCCAGAAUCAACAGCGUUUCCUCUCAGUUCAGCGAUGGCGGUGGAGUUCCUGCUCUCAGUCCUUCAGCCAGGAGCAGCGUCUCCUCCUGGAGCGAGGAGCCCGUUCACUCCAACAUGGACAUCUCCACUGGUCACAUGAUCCUGUCCUACAUGGAGGAUCACCUGAAGAACAAGGACCGUCUGGAAAAGGAGUGGGAGGCGCUGUGUGCUUACCAGGCCGAACCCAACGCCUGCACCGUCGGCCUGAAGGACGGCAACGCCAAGAAGAACCGAUCUGCAGCGGUGGUGGCAUAUGAUCAUUCCAGAAUCACCCUGAAGGUGGAGAACAGCCAAGGGAACUCUGACUACAUCAACGCCAGUCCUAUUAUGGAUCAUGAUCCCAGGAACCCAGCCUACAUCGCCACCCAGGGGCCGCUGCCCUCCACUGUAGCUGAUUUCUGGCAGAUGGUUUGGGAGAACGGCUGUGUGGUCAUCGUCAUGUUGACUCCUCUGGUGGAGGGAGGCCUGAAACAGUGCUACCACUACUGGCCAGAUGAAGGAUCCAACCUUUACCACAUCUACGAGGUCAACCUGGUGUCAGAGCACAUCUGGUGCGACGACUUCCUGGUCCGCAGCUUCUACCUGAAGAACAUGCAGACCAACGAGACGCGGACCGUCACCCAGUUCCACUUCUUGACCUGGCUUAACCACAACGUACCUGAGAGCAGUCGGACGCUGCUGGACUUCCGCAGGAAGGUGAACAAAUGCUACCGUGGACGCUCCUGUCCCGUCAUCGUCCACUGUAGUGAUGGCUCAGGAAGAUCUGGCACCUACGUCCUGAUCGACAUGGUCCUCAACAAGAUGGCUAAAGGUGGGUUUUGUUAGUGGCAGUUUUCUUGUUGAAUGAGUGGCCUCUCAAAGUGAAACUCUACAUGUCUUACAAUAAACCAUAAAGACAAGUUUUCCUGGAGAAGGGCUCUAGCCAUUUGUGAGGUGAGAUUAUAAAUUGGAGGCGCUAAAGCAAUGCUCCCUCCAGCAGAUGGUGCUCUAGGGCCUAAACCAGCUCAGUUUUUCUGAGCUGGUUUAUCAGAGUUGUUCCAUGAUGCCUGGCCUUGGUUGUAUCUAAGGUCAAAGUUCUCCAGGAUUCUCGGGGCUCAGCGCUGCCUGCAGCCCUGGUCCAACCGUUUCUUCUUCUGUUGUGGUGGUUGUUUGAGGAACGACUGUUGUUAGGUGUGGUGUUUGAUUUGAAGAUUGACAGCAGAUGAUCUGUGUUACCCAAACAAACUCUCCCAUCUGCUUGUUCUGUUGUCUAAACCCAGGCACCGCCUGCUGGGUGGGGUAAGAAUCUCAUGCAUAGUUUUGAAAUGACUAGCCUGAGUGACACCAACGUUUUCUUAACAGAGAUUAGACCAGUUGUCCUGAUGACUUGUCAGUCAGACUUGAAUUCUUCUUGUAUGAAUCGGCACAAACUUCAAUUUCUUGGACAAGAGUCUGGUUUUUCAUUGACUUGGAGACUUGUAUUAACCUGCAUGUGUGCAACACAACAUGGGACAAUGACAGGGUCUCACAGGAUACAGACAGACAACCAUUCACACUCACAUUCACACCUUCGAGGAGUUUACAGUGAAUAACUUAAUAUUACAUUAAUUACACAAAAUAAUGAAUACAUUAUUCAAUUAAUAAUCUGAAACAUGGAGAGAAAAAAGUUAUUUAACCUUUGGUUUCAAAAGUAACAGAAAUAAAUCAGCAUUGCACAUGGAUGAAAUACAGUACAGCAUAGAAAGUCAUUGUAAAAGACAAAUUCCUCCAGCUUUAGUACAAAACAAAACACUCACUCACCCUGGGAGACCACGAGCUAGAGCCAAGGAUUGAACUGGAGAUCCUCAUGCUUUAAGGCUAAAGAUAUCAUACCACUCUUCCAUGGUUUCCCAAAAAUGUUACAAUGAAACAAAACUUUUAUUAGAUUUACUUUCUGACAUUUAACCUUCAAAUUUAAUACGUUUCUACUAUACAUGUAUACAUGUAUGUAUACAUUUAGCUAAGUGCUUUUUGCCUCAGUUACAUGUGUUUUUUUAGCCACAUUCCCCUGUGGUGUCACACCUAGAGUUGAAGGACAUUUUUUUGUGUUGGUCUUUGUCU